AAGCAAUAAAAGAAAGGCGGUGACGGAGGAGAGAGUGCACAAAAUAUUAUGUACAACCUACUCUUUCUCUCCCAUUUUCCUUUCUCCUUUGGCCUUUAGCUUAAAAAUUCCCCCAAAACAUUGCUCACCACUCAAAUUAUCUCUUCUCUUCCUCACUGAAACGCUUUUCUCUUCAUUCUUUAUCAUCUCUUUCGUUUUCCCUUUUGUUUCUUUUCAUCAGUUUCCAUGGGUUUUCCACCUGGUUUCAAGCUUUCUUAGAUUACAGAGAUAUAUACGUGUUGAUGGAGUGGGAUAGUAAUUCCGAUCUGAGUGGGGAUGAAGACGAAGGCUUCGUCUUUAACGAUGGAAACCCACUACCUUUCCCUGUCCAGAAUUUGCUGCAAACGGCUCCUUGUGGCUUUGUUGUCACCGAUGCUAUCGAACCCGACCACCCCAUCGUUUAUAUCAACACCGUCUUCGAGAUGGUUACUGGGUAUCGUGCUGAAGAGGUUAUUGGUCGCAAUUGCCGUUUCUUACAGUAUAGAGGGCCAUUUGCAAAAAGGCGGCAUCCUUUGGUAGACUCCUCAGUAGUAUCAGAAAUACGGAGAUGUCUUGAGGAGGGCAUUGAGUUCCAAGGAGAGUUGUUGAACUUUAGAAAGGAUGGAUCUCCUUUGAUGAACAAACUGCGUCUUACUCCUAUUUAUGGAGAUGAUGGUAUAAUCACUCAUGUUAUUGGUAUCCAGUUCUUCACAGAAGUGAACAUCGAUCUAGGUCCAGUGCCUGGAUCUUCAAUAAAGGAGUCUAUAAAGUCAUCCACCCAUUCUCAUUCUGGUUUUCCUGUGUUUUGGCCUGGAGUAGUUGGGGACCGAAAUGUCUACCGUGGGUUUUGUGGGAUAUUGCAAUUGAGCGAUGAGGUAUUGUCUCUCAAGAUACUAUCGCGAUUGACUCCAAGAGAUAUUGCGUCUGUUGGUUCUGUCUGUAGAGCGACUAUAUGACCUGACAAAAACGAGGACCUUUGGCGGAUGGUCUGUCAAAAUGCAUGGGGUUGUGAGACUACUCGUGUUUUAGAGACAGUUCCUGGUGCCAAGAGACUUGGGUGGGGUAGGCUGGCAAGGGAGUUGACCACUCUUGAAGCAGCUGCAUGGAGGAAGCUUACUGUUGGAGGGGCUGUUGAGCCUUCACGGUGCAACUUUAGUGCUUGUGCUGUUGGGAAUCGAGUUGUACUUUUCGGUGGUGAAGGAGUAAAUAUGCAACCGAUGAACGACACCUUUGUAUUGGAUCUGAAUUCCAGUAACCCGGAGUGGCAACAUGUCCAGGUGAGUUCUCCUCCACCUGGUCGUUGGGGUCAUACACUUUCUUGCGUGAAUGGGUCUCAUCUGGUGGUAUUUGGUGGCUGUGGAAGGCAGGGCCUGCUCAAUGAUGUUUUCGUGCUAGAUUUGGAUGCUAAGCCUCCGACUUGGCGAGAGAUCUCAGGAUUGGCUCCUCCGCUACCUAGAUCAUGGCACAGCUCCUGCACUCUUGAUGGAACCAAGCUCAUAGUUUCCGGUGGUUGUGCAGAUUCGGGAGUACUUCUUAGUGACACUUUCCUGCUUGAUCUUUCAAUGGAGAAACCUGUCUGGAGAGAGAUACCAGUAGCGUGGACCCCACCUUCUCGUUUGGGUCACACACUGUCGGUAUACGGUGGUCGGAAAAUAUUGAUGUUUGGAGGUCUUGCUAAGAGUGGUCCUCUGCGGUUUCGUUCUAGUGAUGUGUUCACAAUGGAUUUAAGUGAGGAUGAACCCUGUUGGAGAUGUGUAACUGGGAGUGGGAUGCCUGGCGCUGGAAACCCCGGGGGCGUAGCUCCACCUCCAAGACUUGACCAUGUCGCCAUGAGCCUACCCGGUGGAAGAAUUCUCAUCUUUGGCGGGUCUGUCGCUGGUCUUCACUCUGCUUCCCAACUUUAUCUCCUGGAUCCAACCGAUGAGAAACCUACUUGGAGGAUACUAAAUGUGCCCGGGAGACCCCCGAGGUUUGCUUGGGGGCAUAGUACUUGUGUUGUUGGUGGAACAAGGGCUAUCGUACUUGGUGGUCAAACUGGCGAAGAGUGGAUGCUGACCGAGCUCCAUGAACUAUCAUUGGCAAGUUCUGCUAUCUGAUAAAGUUACUGUCAUGGCUGAAAGAUGAAUCUGCAGAUGCAUAUAACCCGUGUUUAUAAACGAGUCUCAGCUCAAAAAACGAGCGACUCAAAAGUUGAGAUUAAAAUUCUGGGAAGGAACUAGAUUGUUGAACAUCAUUGG